AUACUACAUAGUUUACAGUCAUUCUCUCUACAGGUAACAACAAUCUCAGCCGUCGUAUCAAACACAGGAUUUAUCUAACACCAUGAACACCUUCAUCCUUGCCGUUUUUGCAGCCAUCAUUGCUGUUGGUUUAGCUGCCAAUGCCAAUGAGUGCCAUCUAGUGGAUUGUGGUAACACGUAUAGAGAUUCCACCAAGGAAACUUGUGUGGCUGUAGCUGAAUGGGAAAAAUGUGUUUUGGCUCAAAGUACUGAACAAGAUGGUUUAUGUAACGCACUCGGAAUCGAAUCCGCAAAACUAGCCGUAAAAGCUGCAUCAAAAGUACAUGGCUGCGGAGCCAGUGCUAUCCAGGCUUCUAUUUUUGGUAGUUUGAUAAUCGCCGCCAUUGCCUUUUUCUUCCGUUCAUAAUUUUAUACCUUUUUUAUCAUUUCCUCUCCUUUAAUGUAGUGUAAAUUGAUGAUGAAUGUUUAAAUGCUAUAUAUGAAGCUCUCGUGAGUUGACAGGCAUUUCAAAUUAUCGUCAACAAUCCUAGAAAUCACAAUGGUUCUAAUGUGUCAUGAUCUGACCUAUUUACAUAUGUAAUGAUGUGUCAUGAUCUGACCUAUUUACAUAUGUAAAGAUGUGUCAUGAUCUGACCUAUCCACAUAAAUUGUAUUUUUGGACCAAAUUUCAACCAUUGUGACUCAAUAGCCUAAUUCUCUAUAGAUUCUCCUCUAAAUUAAACCUUUACUAAUUUGUACAUAUCUGAAGCUGUAUAGUAUAUUUUAUUAGAUUUUUAUUUUUUAUUCCGAACUUUUUCAAAAUAAACAUUCUUUAAAAAUAGUA